UCCCUUUCAUUUGCUGUAAAUCGGAAUUGGUCCAGCUAUUUAUUGAAAUGGCAAUUUGGUCCUUGCAAGAAUAACAGUGCUUAAUGUUCAGUCCAUGGGUCGUCUACGUCACUCUUCUCUUUCACCACCACUGUUCAUUCAGCAAACGUGUCAUCUUCUCUUUUACCACCGCUGCCACCGCCUAUGGUUUUCCUCUCUCUACCUUCUAGGACCUUCUCCCCAACCCUCUUCGUCAUGUUUAUCUUUGCGACAUUCACACCACCGACUCCAUUCGAUCCUCCUGGAUACGUUUUUGGGUCGCUUAACACGAUCCACCGCCUCCACUAAUGGACUUUUGCCUUCCAGUUCCUUCCACACUCCGAUGCUCUUCCAAGCGACGACUUUCCCCAACCCACCUCCACCUGGUACGCUAAUUUCUUUCGUGUACGACUUGUCAAUUGAGCAUCGUUUUGGGUGUUCUCAACAUAGCUCUCUCCGAUGAGCUCUACAGCCGUUGUGGAAUGUCCGAAGGCGUUACGCUUCAGUUCCGUCUUCUUCAAAGAUGUUCCCUACAUCACCACCGUUCAUGGCUAUAAUCGCCACCAGAGCCGAAGCCCUUCCGCUCCAAUUUCGAUCCACCUCAGGCCAUCGCCAUAGAUCAUCGCAAUAGAAGAAACCACCAGCGUCUUCUCCUUCUCAGUCUUCGUCUGGUAGUUGACCUCCACCGACUCUUAGCUUGAUCGGAGAAGAAGGACGAAGGCUUCAGCAGGAGCUGUCGUCAACUGUGAUGGAAGAAAGGGGUUGCUCCGGUAGCGGAUAGCGAAGGGUUUUUUAUUCGAUUAGGGUUCAGUAGGAAUCACCGUCCGACUUCGACUCCAGGGUAAACGUCUCUUCGAUGAAAACCAAAAGUAUCCUUCCUCACCGUUAUUCCCCGUCACUGUCUCCCCAGAUUAGUAGACUUCUGUUGGUGCACCGCCUAAUUAUACGACCAAAAAAACCCCUCCUCCUUUCUAUCUUUCAAUUUCUGCACUUUGUGGUGGUGUAAUGUCGAUUACAACUCAUAGAAGUGCAAACGAUUUUGUUGUAAAGAAAAAGAGAAGGAGACAUAGGAACUACACCCUUGAAAAACAGAGGGAGACCUCCUCAUAACUGAUCUUCCGGGUUUCGUAAGGCGGACGAUUUGAACGAAUCCAGCCCCUGCAGCUUCCAUUCAUCAUGUUUGAUAGUACUUCACAAUGAGAGGUUGUACUGGACUCUUUCAAUGUGAUUUCUAGAAAGGUUUUUUUUUUGUAAGUUUAUCUUCAUAUAACCUUGCUUUCAGUGUAUUAUUUGUUUUAACGAAUCACUUCCAUAAGCAUUUCCAAUCAAUUGCCUUCUGGAACAAGCUUUUUAUUAAGGGCAAAAAUUGAACAAAAAAUAAGGCAGGGGCAAAAUUGUCCCACGGAACCCAAAAACAACUACGGGAAAAAGAGUACUAUGCCUUCAAAGAUGCAAGAGCCAAAGUGGACCCGAAAUAAAAGAAGAAUAAGUGCCAGUACUAAACGGGUAGCCUGCACCGUUAAAAGAUGAAGGUAUUUCCAGAAAAAAUGAACUCUGCUUUCAUGAUUAACCGACUCUCAAAGCUUUCUUCUUGUGGUGGCAGCUUAACAGCAGGAUUUCAUGUGCUACAUUACAAUGAGCUGGAAAUUUUAAAUGGCCGGUUGCUGAUACAUAUGAUAAGCAUACGCAAGGCAAAGGUCAGUGCUAAACAGGAAAUAGUAAUGUACAUUUUUACUAUUAGGCUGGAGGGAGUAGCUCGCUGGCCAAGCUCGCCAAGUCCACUCCCUAAGAUGUGCUAAGCAAGUCGCCAGGAAAAAAAAGAGGGGAAUUUUUUUGCACAUCUGUGAUUCGUUACGGCUGCUAUUUAUGGACCCGGAGAAGAAAGAUACACCAGUCUUUCAAAGAAACCAACUUAUAUUGUGCAUAUGAAAGUACAUGCCUUUAUUAGACAAAACAUAAAAGUACAUUUCUAUUUUAGACAUCACCGACCUUUCUAGUUUACAAUUAUGAUGCGUAAAAAAAGUUGGUUAAGAA